AUGUUAUUAUUUGACAGAACAAAUCAUGGUGCAGCUAUAAAUAUAUCAUCCGAUGGUCUUUGUGCUCAACGUACAACUGGUUUUGCUAAUGGUAUUAUUUUUAUUAAUCGUCCAAUAAAUGUAUUCGAAAAAAUAACAUUUGAAUUAUAUCAACAACCAUCAUCUAUAUGGCAAGGUUCAUUACGUUUAGGUUUAUAUGCUGGUCAUCAAAUACCAACAAAUGAUUUACCAUUAUCAACAAUGGAAUCAAGUUUAAAUCAAUUUUAUACAAUGAUAUCAUUAGAAAAAUAUAUUCAUUUAUAUAAUGGUAUUCGAUUAACUGUAUGGUUAACACAAAAUCGUUGUUUAAAUUAUGCAAUAAAUCAUGUUUUACGUGGAACUUUAAUUGAUAGUAAUCAAAUUGAUGUAAAUAUUAAUGGAUUUCUUCCUCUUCGUCUUGUUUUUGAUCUAUUUGGUAAUACAAUUAAAAUUCAACUUAUUCGAGAUGAUGAUAAUGUUCCAUAUGAAAUCAAAGCACGAGGAUCUGAUGCUAUUCGACAUUUUCAAACAGCUUGUGAUACUGGUACAACAUCUAUACGUCGUACUUUAUUAUUACUUGUUGGACCUAAAUCAAGUGGAAAAACUCAACUUAAACAAGUUCUUAUUACAAAUAAAGAUAGUUAUGAUAUUGACAAUUUAUCAACAGAUCUUUCAUCAUCAUGUUCGAUAAAUAUUGAUCAAAAUCAUAUUUGGUCUUUAUCAAAACCAAAUCAUUUUAAUUAUCGUUCAUUAUCAACAAUUAUUCAAGAUUGUAAUGAACGUGAAACAUCAAAAUUAACAAUUCAACAACAAGAAUAUGAAUCUCAUUUAGUACAUAAUAUUAUUCUUAAUCUAUUAAAACGACGUUAUGAAUUACAUACAGUUCAUGAAAAAAAGGAUAAAAAUUGGAAAGAAACUUUACUUGACGACCUUAAACUUGUUUAUCCUAGUCCAAUGAUUCCUUUAUCAAUUCGUCCAUUAGUAGAAAAAAAAUUAUCACAAAUGAAAUCUUCUGAUCCACAUGCUGUACUUGCUAGUUUAUUAAAUAAUAAUAUUAAUGAUGUAAAUGUUAAACAAGAACAAAUUGAAGAAUAUCAAAGUUUACGUCUUGAUCUUUGGGAUAUGCCUGGAUCAACUUCAUCAACUUGUAUAACACAUCAGGUAUUUUUAUCACCAAGAGCAAUUUAUUUACUUGUAUUUGAUUUAACGAAAGAUCUAGAUCAACCAGCUGAUUGGAAUGAGGAAUUAACAAACCUGGAUCAUUUAAGUUUUAUUAUGCAUUCUGUUUAUUGUUAUUCAGCUAAUAUAAAUCAAGGACGAAUACAAGAUGAAGAAUUAAAUAUUGAACGUUUAUCACCACCAAUUAUUAUUAUUGGUACUCAUAGAAAUUCAUUUUCAAGUCCAACAAAAAAAAUUAUUGUUGAAAAUAAAAUGGCCGAAAUUCGUGCAAUGAUUUCAACAAAACCUUAUUGUAAACAUGUUGUUGAACCUUAUUUUACUAUUGAUACACAACAUCCAGAUAAUUUAGAUUUUGAACAGAUCAAUCAAUUAAAACGAUUAAUUGAAGAAGUAGCCUUAGGUGAAUCUUAUAUGGAUGAAGAAAUUCCAACUCGUUGGCUUCAAUUUGAAAAUGAUCUUAAUCGUUUAAAAACACAACAGGAUAACUUUUAUGCUUCACUCGAUCAAAUUUGUGAAAUAGCUCGUACACAAAAUAUUUGUUCAUCGGAUGAACUUAAAACUUUAUUAGAUUUUUAUCAUGAUCUUGGUGUUAUUGUUUAUUUUGGUAAUACACAAGAUAUGUUUUUAAAAAAUACAUUAAUCUUACGUCCACAAAAAUUAAUUCAACUUAUUAAACGUCUUGUUUAUAAUGAUAAUAUGGAAAAUGAAAAUGAUGAUGGUAUUAUUGAUGAACGUACAUUUGAAAAUCUUUGCCAACCAUUUAUUGAACAAAAACAAAGUCUUUUAGCAUUAUUAAAAAAAUUUGAUCUUCUUUGUGAACGUAUAUCAUCAUCACCAACAACAAAACCAACAACUAUAUGUAAACAAUAUUAUGUUCCAGGUUGUAUACGAAAAACAUAUAAUGAAAAAAUUUUAACAGAAAAAGAUGAACAAUCAGUUGUAUUUUAUUAUUUAUUUGAUGAGUAUUUUCCUGAAAGUCUUUUUCAUCAAAUUCUUGUUCGAACAAUAAAAUGGACACAAUCAAAUAAUGUUCCAUCACCUAAACUUUAUUAUCGUCGUGGAAAAUUUAUUCUUGAUGAUCAACAUUUACUUAUUUUAACUGCUUCACCAAUGAUAUAUGCUCGAAUGAAAGUACAAAUUAUUCGUAAUAAUUCAAAUAUAAAUAAUAAUAAUAAUACUAUGAAUACAACAACAACAACAACAAAUAAUAAUAAUAAUAAUAACAAUAAAAAUCAAGAUGAAAUUAAUCCUCAAUUAGCAGAUCCUACAAUUGUAGCAAAGGUACGUAAAUUUCUUGAAUCAUUACUUAAUGAAAUCAAAUCUACAUGGAUGCGUCGACUUACAUUUCAAUGUAAAGUGGUAUGUCCGUGUGGAAAAAUAUGCGAUUUACAUAAAACUCCUUAUUGUUCAAAUAACUCAUGUUUACAUUUUCUUAAUCUUGAUCAUUGUCUUUCAAAUCCUAUUGUUGAAUGUUCAUUUCGUCGUGUACCAACAAAUCAAUAUCGUAGUUGGUUUCCAAAACUUACAACAACACGUGUUGUACCAAUAAUUGAUAUAUUAUAUGAUCAAAAAUCUAUGAAUCAUUUUUUUGAAGAUUCAAAUUUACCUGGAUGGAUACGUUCAACAGCUAAAUUAUUAUCAACAUCAGAAAUAAAUAUAAAUUUAAAUAAAUCAUCAAGUGAAAAUCGUACGUGGAUUAUAUUAGCAAAAAAACUUGGUUAUCAACAAUCUGUUAUUGAUCAAUUUUCUUUAAGUCGUAAUCCAAGUUUACAAUUAAUUACAGAUUGGAUUGUUCGUACUGGAAAUUCAUCAUUAGCUGUUGAUAUGUUAUUUGCAACAAUGAAACAAAUUGGACGUGAUGAUUUAGUUGAAAUAAUAUUACGUGAAAGAGAAACACAAUAUCCAUUACCAUCUGUUUUUAUUAGUUAUCAAUGGGAUAUACAAGAUGAAGUUAAAGAAUUACGAAAUUUUUUAGAACUUGUUGGUUUUACUUGUUGGAUGGAUAUGGGACAAAUUGGUGGUGGAGAAUUAUUAUAUGAAAAAAUUGAUCAUGGAAUACGAAAUGCUAAAGUUUUAAUCUGUUGUAUAACACCAAUGUAUAUUGUUUCAAAUAUGUGUCAACGUGAAUUAAUCUUAGCUGAUAUGCUUAAAAAACCUAUUGUACCAGUUAUGUUUGAAUCAACACCAUGGCCACCAGUUGGUGCAGCAAGUUUAAUUCUUUCACAAUUAACUUAUGUAGAUUUAAAAGGUGCCGGUGGACAUGGUGGUAGUGGUAAAGCAAUUGAUUUACAAGCACGAUAUAAUGAGAUAGCAUCGAUUGUUUCGCGUCAUACUAUAUCAUCAUCACCAAGUACAUUUCAUCGAUUAGUACAUUCUUCGUCUAUUGAUCAACGUGGUGCAAAUCAUCCAUCAUCAGCUUUAGCUGUAUUAACAACAGCUCGACAAGCAAAACAAGCACGAAAUAAUCGUCGUCAAAAUGUUGAUUCAGUUAAUUCAAAUGACAGUUCUAAUAGUAGUAUGAGUGAUGAUGAUUAUGAUUAUGAUGAUAAUGAAAUUGAUGUUAGUGAUCAUCGUAUACGACCUAUUGAACCUGUUUUAACAGCUGCUAAUGUUGGUCCAACUGUUGGUACAUCUUUAAAUCAACCAUUUCAAAUACGUAGUUCGGUUCAUUUGGAACAUCGUCUUGGUCCCAUGUCAAAUUAUCAUCCACAACCAAAUGUUGAUAAUAGUAUUGCCAGUUGUACCAUCUGUAGCAUUCUGUGA